AUGAGUGAGAACACUGUCAUGAAUACCGCAGACACCACGAAUCUUGAUGAUCAGCAUAUCAUGCAAACACGUCGCAAAUGGAGAGGUCAUCAACCACCACCUCCUCAGGAUGUCUGGUCCACGCGAUUCCCGGAUCUUCCAGCGGAAAUCCGCAACACGAUCUACGACAUGGUGCUUGACGGCAAGUCUCGCAUGCACAUCAAGCAGCAUCCGCACACUAGGGGGGAGCUGGUCUUCGAGGAAGCGGCCUUUGAUGUACCGGACGAGAUACACGCAGAAUACUACAGCUUGAUGGAAGCGCAUGCUUGGGAGAAAGACACCACCAUCGUCUGUACGGUGCCAAACUUCUAUCUCGACCAGGCGAUACCUAUCUACAACAGGAUCUUCGGUAGCAAGAAGAAUCCAAGUCCAGUUCCCAAAGGCGGUCAUGGUUGGAGGCCCAAGUUGAUGAUCAGAUGCGACUUCGAUAUGAAUAUGCACGAUUAUCGAGUCAAAAAAGGUGUCGUCCGAAGCAUGAAGACGUGGUUCAACCGAGUCCAGUCAGAUGGCGACACCGACGAGAUAGACUACGAGAUUGGCCAGUUCAGUAAAGGUUGGACUAUCCAGAAUCCUAUCAUGGUCCUUCGACAGAAGGAGCGUACUUUGAAAUGUGCCGAGUUCUACAAGUUGGGUGGACACUUCCAGCAGCAGAUGAUCGCUCGACAAAAAGUAACUGACGGCAGAUCUCGUCUAUUCCGUCUUCUACAAGUCGAUGAUACUGACGACGAGAUGGAAGAUGACGACGAUGAGUAUUUGGAGGACGACGAGAUGCCCGAUCAUGUCGAGCACACCAAUGAAGGGCAUAAGAAGCCAGCAGAUCAGAAGGGUACUAAGGGAGAGAUGCACGCAGAUACUAUCGACAACAACGGCCGCGAACAAAGCCCCGUCCAAGGCCAGGCCGACGAUGCGAGAAGCUUGAAUGAAGACGACUGCUUGGAUGAUUUCGAUAACACACAACAUGACUUGAGCGACCUUCAGGAUGAUGUGCCCGACGAUCGACAUGAGGACGAGAGUGUAGCCCGCGUGUACACCACCGAAGAUGAUAUGAAUGUGUAUUCUGACAGCGGGGACGAGGAAGACUCUGACGAGGAACCAUUGCCAGAGAAUGAGCUUGAGGGUGACGAAGAUGAUUGGAUGCCUGAUGUGGGAUACUACAACGAGCGAAGAUAUGGUCACUUGCAAGGUGGCGACCCUCCAUCCUGGCUGGACGUGGCUCUUUUCAGAGCUGGACAGGCCUAG